ACAUGCGCAGUAGGCGCCGCUCUGAACAGCGGUCGGUCUGGAAAGCGGAGAAUGGUAAAGAAGCGUCUGGUGGCUCUUUUCAGUAACAUCAACCGAAGAAUGAUAAAGCUUUUGAUUGCACUUGCACUGCUUGCAUACGUGGCCUCUGUUUGGGGAAAUUUUGUCAGCAUGAGGUCAUUGCAAGAAGAAGGAGAGCAAAAAAUUGAGAGGAAAAUAGAGGAGGCUUUAGCACCCUUGAAAGAGAAAAUUAAAGAAAUAGAAACAAGCAUAUCUCAAAAGUAUCCUCCAGUAAAAUUUCUGUCUGAAAAGGAUCGCAAGAGAAUUCUGAUAACUGGAGGAGCUGGAUUUGUAGGUUCUCAUCUUGCUGAUAAACUCAUGAUGGAUGGUCAUGAAGUAACAGUCGUUGAUAACUUUUUCACAGGCCGGAAAAGGAAUGUGGAACAUUGGAUUGGACAUGAAAACUUUGAAUUAAUCAACCAUGACGUUGUAGAACCAUUAUAUAUUGAAGUGGAUCAGAUUUAUCACCUGGCUUCACCAGCAUCUCCUCCAAAUUAUAUGUAUAAUCCAAUCAAGACACUGAAGACAAAUACUAUUGGGACAUUAAACAUGUUAGGAUUAGCAAAACGUGUUGGUGCACGCCUCCUGUUAGCUUCGACCUCUGAGGUUUAUGGAGAUCCAGAAGUUCACCCACAACGUGAAGAUUACUGGGGCCAUGUUAAUCCUAUUGGUCCAAGAGCCUGCUAUGAUGAGGGUAAAAGAGUUGCUGAAACCAUGUGUUAUGCCUACAUGAAGCAGGAAGGAGUAGAAGUUCGAGUCGCAAGAAUAUUCAAUACGUUUGGUCCUCGAAUGCACAUGAAUGAUGGCAGAGUAGUGAGUAACUUUAUUCUGCAGGCUCUCCAAGGAGAAAGCCUGACGGUUUAUGGAUCAGGAUCACAGACUAGGUCCUUCCAGUAUGUCAGUGACCUUGUGAAUGGAUUAGUAGUUUUAAUGAACAAUAAUGUCAGCAGCCCUGUGAAUGUGGGAAACCCAGAGGAGCACACUAUUCUAGAAUUUGCCAAAUUGAUUCGGGGCCUUGUUGGGAGCAAAAGUGAUAUCCUGUCUCUUCCAGAAGCACAAGAUGAUCCCCAGCGGAGAAAUCCAGAUAUUAGAAAAGCCAAGCUGCUGUUGGGAUGGGAGCCUGUGGUUCCUCUGGAAGAAGGCCUAAACAAGACAAUUGACUAUUUCCGUAAAGAGCUCGAAUAUCAGGCAAAUAAUCAAUACAUUCCCAAACCGAAGCCUGCAAAGACAAAAAAAAGCAGGCUCAGACAUGCCUAAUGGAUUCAACCAAGAAUGGCCUUCCAAUCACAGGGAAUAGAAUGAACACUUGGUUUUUGAAGAAACUCUGAAAAACGAUAUUAAAAUUGAACUGGAAUUUGUUCUUUGAGCUUGCUUCUACAGAUGGAUGUGCCUAAAAAAAAAAUCAGAUUUUUCUUGCACUUUUUAAUCUGUUUUAUUUAAAGUAGCAUAGCGAUGUUGAGUUUUGGCCAUUUUGUACUUCAGCUUUGGUUUAUUGUAUUUGUUAUGAGACUGUUACUCUUUGCUGUGAAGGAUUUCCUCAAACCAUUUCAUGUCAACAAAAGUGUUGAAAAUGGAUUAUUUAUAACAAAUGGUACUACUUCAGUUUUGUUAUUACUGUGUACAAUACACUUUAACCAGGCUAUCAGUGUUGUCAGGUGAGUAACAGUAACUAGAAAUCUAGUUAUUGAUCUACCAUGUGAAUUGUUCUUCAGCUAUAGGGUUUUGCUCAUUUGUUUUGAAGAGUGUUGUGAAAUUGCUGUUUUGAAAUUAGGGAGUAUUAUUUCUUUUUCUAAGAAUCUAUUUGUAAUAUAAGAGUUUUUUUAAAGAGAAGGGUAAUCAUUACCUGAAUCACUGCUAUAUUAUGUAUGUGCUUGGAAGGGGAAGUGUGUAACUAGGUAUGUGUUUUAAUUGUGCUGAUUUUAAUAAAAUAUUGGUGGGGAUAUCAUAAACUAUUUUUACAUCAUUGAAAAUUACUGAAAGGAUUUACCUUUGAGCUGCUCAGUAAUUCACAAUCUUGUAUAUAGCUAUAUACAGUAAUUAUAAAAAUCAGAUAUUCUUUUGUUUGCUCUUAAAAAGCUUCCGAUUUUUAAAUGAAAACUAAAAACCCAGUGAUUAGUGGCAUGGUGAGUUUUGAGAAGUGUCAUUCUGCUCAUCGUUUCAACCAGUAACCAGAGGGUAGGAACUGUUAUGGUCACACAGUGGGAGGAACAUGUAUUGUGUACACUGUCUUAAGAAAUUUAGAACCGCUACAUGGUACCCUUAGAAGUUAAUCUACAUUGUGCUGUGCUGCUACAUUUCAUAGACCAGAGCAGUUCCAGUUUAAUUCUUUGGUCUGUGUUGAGUUAGUUCGUUUCACUACUGGAUAGGGCAAGAGAAUUUAUUAGCCAGGCUUCUCACUCGUGAUCAUUUGGGCAGCAGCCCCAAAAGAAAUGCAUCUGUAUGAAUGUCUGAUGGGAACAAGAUCUACCUCUGUUCUGUCCUCUCAAAGGUCAAAUCGCCUGCUGGCUUUCACUUGAAAAGCAGGUUACACUUAUCACUUGGGAAAAGUAUGAAAUAAACAC